CAAAUACCAAACAACUGGGAGUACUUCUACCUUGUGUUAGGUGGCGCGAACCGAGUAAAUAAUGGAGAAAAUCGAAUAACGCAGUUGAGUCAGGUUGAAGGUAUUAUGAUCGCGUAUGACGUGUACUUGGAGUGAUCCUCGUGUAAAUUGGAAAGGAGAUUAGCGAGAUCGUUUCCAUCGUCGUCGAAAAUGGUAGAUCACUCGGUACCGACCGACAUUCUCGACGAUUUGAGCAGCCGUUUUAUCAUCAACGUGCCGGAAGAGGAAAGGAAGGAUUUGGUUCGAAUAUGCUUUCAAAUCGAACUGGCCCACUGGUUCUACCUAGAUUUCUACUGUACAGACGAGAAUCCUAAAUUGAGAUCAUGCAGCAUGAGGGAAUUUGCUACACAUAUCUUUUCCCACAUACCGUUCUUAAAACCAUACGUAGCCAACAUAGAUAACAUUCUCGAACAGUGGAGAGACUACAAGCAGAAAGUACCGACGUAUGGGGCGAUCGUGUUGAACGAAGAUUUAACAAAGGUAUUGCUCGUCCAGAGUUACUGGGCAAAGAGCAGUUGGAGUUUUCCCAAAGGCAAAGUGAACGACGACGAGGAUCCGUCCCAUUGCGCCGUUAGAGAAGUAUUGGAGGAGACUGGUUUUGACAUCUCUAAUUUAAUAGAUGAGAACGAAUAUAUAGAGUCGUGGAUAAACGAGCAAUUAGUAAGAUUGUACAUAAUAUGCGGUGUACAGAAGGAUACAAAGUUUCAACCGAAAACUAGGAAGGAAAUAAAGAACGUGGAAUGGUUCUCUCUAGCUGAUUUACCUAACAACAAAAAAGAUAUGACUCCGAAAGUAAAAACCGGCGUUGGUCCAAACGCAUUUUUCAUGGUCAUUCCUUUCGUAAGGAGGAUGAGACGAUGGGUACAAGAAAAGCAUCUGCGCGAUAAGAAUAUAAACGUUGUAAGAAGGAACAGGCACAGGUCCCUAGGGGAUGCAGAGACCGUUCCGAAAAAUAAACGACAAUCGCUUCCUCAUUCUGCCCAGAACGAUAUUCCUAGCUUUAAGGACGUGAAAAAUAUCAUCCGUCAAUCUAACACGUCGCCAGCUAGAAAUCGGCGUGCCACGUACGAUAAUAAAAACGUGGUGUCGCGAACAACGAUAAAACGUAACUUAUUCGGAGACCAAAACGAAGAUGAAACCAUUCUCGCGAUGCAAUUGACGGAGAGUCCACGGAAUCAACAGACUUGCUCGGUUUUAAUGGACCCGGCUAUUCAGUCUAUAAGAUGCAGUGAAUUCAGCUACAAAGCUCAACCGUCUCUCGGUACAACCGUUCCGGCUAAAAUGACGAAAGACACAACGGCACUGGAACACCUCAACAAGCCCGGGAAGAAAGAAAACGCGAAGUCUUUGUUGUUAUUCGGUAAAGCGGCUAAUAAAUUGCAAACAGAUCUGAAACCUAUGCCUUCUCCAUUCACGGUAAUAGAUCGUAAUACAUCGCGCUUCUACCCGUCGAGCGACGCUCAACUUCAGAAGUAUCCCGUGAAACUGUGUUCAACGAUUUGGACGGACUUUAAAUUUGAUAAACAAGCGAUACUAGAUUGCUUGUGAAACUGUAUCGGGGCGAUCGUUUUAGAGAAUAGGGAGUUGUUUCAGGUGGUCCACGCGCUCAGUUCUACCAUUACUCUCGUUUCAUGAUAUGACGUAAUUUUAAACAUUUAUGAUCUCAACGAUCUCUCGGCAAACUGUAUUUGAUUGCCAAACGAUCUUACAAAUUAAGAUUAAGUAUAACACGACUGUAUAAUUACUAUUACAUGUUUCAAGAAUUCGUCUUUUCGUCGCGUCUACGACGGGAGUUGAUAACAAACGUUUUUUUUGGUAAUAACGACAGUCUGUGCGUUCUAUUUUAAUACUCGCCAGCACAGAGAAAAGAUGAAUAAACUAUGGAAUAUACAA